UAUCAACUUCCGGUGAACUUUGCCACUUGAGAAGAUGAAAACAAGUUCGUCAUCUUUUCUUUCGCCAAUUGAAUUUCGAAUACAGCAAUACAAAUGAAGAAAUAUUUGGUUACAGGAUGUUUUUAUACUUUUUAUCCAUCGUGGCGUUGUGUACCUGUCUUAUAACGAUAUUGUUUUUGAAAUUUUCAUCUCUGAAGCAUUUUAACAGUGGAAACCAACAUCAGCAGGGAGCUAUAUCAAUAUCUCCAGUUGAAUUUUUGAAGCUACUAAAGAAGUCAAAGCCAUUUCCUGUUGGAAUUGUAAAGAACUGGAAGAUUUUGUCAUGUCAAAGUGGAAGCAGGAUAUGGACAAGGAAACUAACGACUAGUGGGGGUGCAGAUGUCAGUGUCAUUGCCAGCUUUAUAAGACUUCCUUCCUCUGCUCAGGUUAUCCAUCAUACUCUGAAAGAUGUUUCAAAAACUGCCGAGUGGAAACCAGGAGUGGAGACAGCCACGUGUAGAGUUUCAGAGAGGGCCACCCUCCAUAGAUCCUCCUCCUCCUGGAUGGAGUCAAAUGUAGGGGUGGAUCAAGUGUUAGAAAUCACUGUGGAUCCUGUCUUCCAGGGAAAUGAUAGUGUAGAGAUGUGUCAAAGAAUGUUAACAAGGCAUUGGUAUCGAGAGGAUAAUGGUUGCUGCUGGCUUUUGGAAUCAGACACUGACAAACAUGAGCACAUAUUUUACCUUUUACAGCCAUUAGAAGAUGUAGAAACAUCAUUACUUACUAUACUAAGUUGUUCAACCAGUCCUGCAGUGUGUUCAACAGUGGAAAAGAUGGUGUCAGAUCAUCUUAGUUCAUUAAGAGACUACAUUUUCCACAGAAAAUUGAAAGCAACUCCUUUUAUUGAUCUUAAAUUACCUAGCAAGCACCACGCAUAUCGUGGAUUUGAUGCCUUGUCUUCCAGUGAUGACGAAGAUGAAAGUAACAUUUUCCAACAAAAGUUUCACCAACUCCAUCCAGAAGAAAAACAUGUCAUCAUACAGAAGUCAGAAUCCAUUUUAAAACUCUCCCCAGUGAAGCCCUCUGCCAGACAGCGAACAUUAUCUGACAAUAUGAGUAUCAAAGAAUUAUCAGGUAGUGAUAAAUCACGUCCCCGAUCCCAGACUCACCCCCACUCAUGUAUGUUACUAAAAGAUUCACAAUUCCAGGACAAUAAUAAUAUCGAUAAAUCAGCUUCCAGUGAAGUGGUGCUAAAAAGUGAUGGUGCUAUAGUAACAGAGACAAAAUCCAAGAAUGAGACAGCAGUAGAGCUGGCUCAGAACCACAGCCCUCCAGUGACUAGGGAGGGGGUGGAAGAGAGAACCCGUAUAGUGACAAGGGAGGUAGUGGAUGAAUCCGUCAGUGAAAUGUCGGACCUCAGUGAAUCUUCUAGUCCAGAAAGGGAAGAGCAGCAUGGCACAGAUGAUGAAAAGCAUGCUAAAGAAGUGGCAAGAAACACAACAUUGGCCAAUCAAGUGGCAGCAGAGUUACUGGCCUUAGUUCAUAGGGUUUCAAAUUUAGAUUUGAAGGCCUCACCGCAGCAACAGCAAGACUCCACUGGAGGAUGGAUGUUUUGUGGCUUUGAGAGUGAUGUGGUGAUCAUCAAGCGUCAGUUUCACAACAUCAAUUUGUCAGGGAGCUACAUUGGUAAGGGCAUUAUCCAUGCUCCUCCUCAAGCUGUGAUGGAUGCUGUAAAGAAUCCCAGGACUAGAUAUACAUAUGAUGACAGCUUAAAGAGAGUAGAUAUCUUGCAGCAUGUCACUGAGAAGAUUAAAGUCGUAUAUUACAGUAAUGAGGUUCUACACAAGUUUAAGAAGUAUCAGUAUGACUGGUGUGUGAUUCAGAGUGAGAGACAAGAUGGAGAAAAGCUUGUCUUAUCCAUGGAGUCAGUAGAAAAUGACCUUCCAGUACCAGCCGGGGUCAACAGAAUCAAGAUCCUCCCUAGUGGUUGGAUUAUAGAACCAGUUAUAAGGGACAACAAAACAGUUUCCUUGGUGACAUAUGUCAUGCAGAUGAAUUAUGGAAUGUGUUCUGAUGGAGCAGCUGAUAAAAUAUUGAUUGAUGAAAUGGUAUCAAAGCAGCCCCUCAGCAUAGCAUACCUACGUCAGUACUUACGCCCUCCCCUCACUUUGGCUCGUAAGACCUCACACUCCAAGAAAACCUUAUAAUGGUCAUGCUCUAGUCUCAAGCAUUUUUUUUUAAUUAAACUAAAUUGUUCAUUGAUGUGUUCAUACAACUAGUGAUUUUUGCCAUUUGACUGUGCCAAAACAUUUUUUUUCAAUCUUGAACUUGUAAAGAAAUUGACAUUAUUUGGGUAGUACCAGGGUAUGUUCAUUUAAAUUAAACUGCAAAAAUACUAACGGGAACAAGGUUUAAGAGAUUCCUUGCAUGAGCAAUAAAAAUACAUGUACUUACAUUAAAAUUUGAUGUUGUAUAGUCUGAACAGUUCAAAAAUAGUUACCACAUAUUGUAACUAAAAGGAUUUUGAGCAUACUACUAUUCAUUAUCAAUAUACUAUUACAUGUAGUUUUCAAUGUUUUUUGUUUUGUUUUUUUUUUUUUUGGUGCUAGCUUGUAUACAACACAGUGAACUUUAUAUUAAAAUACAUGUUCUCAUUUUUUUUAAAGUCUAUCUAAUGCAAUUUAAGUGGUUUAAAAGUAAAACCUGUACAUGUGUAUAUAUAGAAACAUUGUCACUGACAUAGGGGAUUUGUUUUUUAGUACACAUGUAUAGGAGACUUUAACAUACAAGUAAUGUAGUUGUUCAUACAAACUAGUAUUUUUUGAUUGUAAAUAAUUUUAAUAAUGCAGAAGAUUAGGGUAUUUAGUGGCAUAUGUUAUUUUGAAAUUAAGAAAGAAAUGUCCUGAUACAUUCUGUAACAUUUAGUUUACUUUAUUAAGGUUGUAAUGCAUAUCUCUGAAUAUUUUCUUCUUUAUUUUUUUUUUCAGAAGGGGAGGGAGGGGCAAUUUAUAUUUUAUCAUAGUGAGGAAAAUACCAUUUGCCUACAUGUGUUUUAUUACCUGUUUGAAUUAUACAGAAAUCCAUAAUAUUUCUUAGAGUAUUACACUGUACCAGCAGUUUUAGCACACACACAAAAAACAACUUGGUUUGGUGUACAUGGAGUUAAAUUUUAGCACUGUUUCCAAAACCAAUAUUUUAAAUAUCUUGUAACCAUUUACCAAAUAAGUACUGCAUGUACAGUAGUUACAAUGUCCAUUAUACAUGUACAAAUAACUUGUUAGCAUACAAAUAACUUGUUAGCAUACAGUUAAUAUAAAAAGGCUUGAUGUACAUGUACCUCAUAUGUAUUUGUUGAAACUAUAUGCUUAAUACAUGUAAGUGGACAUUAUGCACAUUGUACAUAUUGCUUGUAACUAUAACCUAAGUUUAAAGUAGCUAGAGUGUACAUAUCACAUGUAACCAUACACUGAAUAACUAGUUAAAUUGUACAUUGUACAUAUUACUAGGAACUAUAGAUUAGAUAAGUAGAUACAUGUAUAUGUUAUUUGUUGUCAUUUUCUUGAAUGUGCCACUUUAGAGAACUAUUUCAUGUGUAAUUAAGAUGUGUCCAUCAUUAAUUAUCUCAUUUACCGGUACAUAUUUUGAAUGCCCUUCGUGAUAUGUGUAUAUACAAUUAUACACAUACAUAAUUAUAGUUACAUGACUAUAUUUUUAUUGAAUUGUUAGAGAUAAUCCCUGAAACAGAUUAGAUUAGCUGAAUUUUCCUUUUUUGCAAUUCUUCAAUGGAAUUAAAGAAAGUUCUUGCCAAUAAAAUUUUAUUAGUUACACCUACUCAGUAGUGUACAUUUAUUACUUUUUAACAUUAUUGUUUAAUUUUUCUUUGCCAAUGAGUUAGUGUUGAACAAAUGCAUUUACCUGUAAAUAUGCCUGUAACAUUGCUUUUUCAAAACUAAGAGCAAAAUAAUACUCACAUAUUGUGUACUUACUCCUGAUGCCAGUACAGUCAUAGAUUAAUAACCUAGUUUAUAUGAUUUUUUUUCUUUCUUUUUUGGACCACCCAGUAUUAUUUUUAGGAGAGAUUUACACCAAGUUCAAAUACUUUUAAAUGGAAUGUUGUGUUUAUCGGGUACAUGCCUUUUUAGCAUAGUCACUGUAGGAGUAAAAAAUAGUCACUAUAAAUGAAAAGUAUAUUUACUUUAGUCUAUUGCAUGAAGUAUAUAAUGUUGAACGUAUAUCAUUUUUGUAUGUAUCAUGUAUUAUUGUGUAGAUGAGUAUAUAAUUUUAUUUGAAUAUAUACCAGUGUCUUACUAUACUAUGAAGCUAGAAAUUUCCAAGUUUUUUUUUUCAGUGUUCCAUGAUAAAUUUCCAAGCCGUACAUGAAUAUGUUAUUUUAAUUGAAGGUAAAUUUUGUUAGAUAUGAUAAAGAUUUGAAAAUAUUUGAAAAGAAAUGUGAACAAAAAUAAGAAAAAUGUUUUAUCUGUCUUCUUAUCGAAUUUUUUUCACACAGGUUAGAUUUUGAUUUAUUUUAUAGUGAUUGCACUGGGUUUUUUUUAUAUUUGAACUCAUCAGUUUCAUAGAUAAAUUUAUUUCAUGAGGGAAAAUCCGGUGAAUCUUAAUGUACCUGUCCAAGGUAGACAGGCCUGUUCAUCAGGUAAAUAAAUAAUGAUGUGUAAGACCAGGAUAGAAAAUCACUCUGCUGAGUUAAAUCAACUAUCAAGAAAAUCUCAGGAGAAAUGCACAAAAUGUUUAAGAUCAACACAUGUCUACCAUCAAGUUUCUCCAGGUGAUGUAUGUAGAAUAUAAAGCUGUAAGAUUUUUGUCUUUUAUUCUGUCAGAAUAUUGUAGUCUUUCAACCACAGAUAUAUCUAAAUGUAUAAAGUGGAUUGUACACAUGUUUUAUAUCUGUAAUUGAUUAUAGACUCAUUUGCUCACAAUUUUAGCUUUCUUUAAAUACCAUAGUCUGUAGUGUUUGGUGGAUAAGUACAUUUGAAUUGCAUGUAAACAUGCUCAAGUAUUGUUAGGUAUUAUAGUUAAGGAUUUCUAACUGCCAGAGUAAAGAAUUAGUUUUUCAGCUCUAAUGUACUGUAGACGUACACAUGUAUUUCAGUCAAGCCAUUGUUGCUGUUCUUGUUUUUUUGGGGUAUUAGCACCCCAUCAUGUUGUUGAUACAAAGAUAUUGCUGCGUGUAUCAUGGGUAUAUUGGUUGCUCAAGAUAUCAAUAAAAUAAUGUAGAUGUA